AUGGCCUGCAAAGGGUUUAAGGCCUCAUCUGCUGCACAACCAACUGAAGAGACGACACGCUCGUUUUUGGGGGUCGUCUUUCAGAAAGCGACCCCAGCGCGUACUACGUACAUGUCUGUGUCGUCGAUACCUCCUACGUCUAAUGAGUGCGAGAGAUUUUUCUCUCAGGCGAAGCUGGUGUACACGGAAAUGCGUAAAAGCAUGGAUGUUAACACGCUGGGAGUGUUGGUGUUCCUUUCCUACAAUAGAGAUGCGUGGGAUGUAGGUAGCGUUCAAGCGAUUCGGCGCAAAAUGCACAACUAG